CCACAAUAUCCUCUAAGCUUAUUUCUAUCUCUCUGUUUUGUUACAAACGGAGAGAGACCAAAAAUGGGUCUAAGCAAUAUUAUUCCCUCGCUUUUUCUCUCGAUUUUGAUGUUUGGGCUUUUGGGCAAUAAUGCUCAACUUAGCUCUGAUUUUUACUCCACGACGUGUCCUAAUGUCACAGUCAUCGCUCGGGGUCUGAUCGAGCAAGCUAGCCGUGGCGACGUCAGACUCACUGCUAAAGUCAUGCGUCUUCACUUUCACGACUGCUUCGUGAACGGGUGUGAUGGUUCGGUACUAUUGGACGCUGCUCCUGCGGAUGGAGUAGAGGGUGAAAAGGAAGCUUUCCAAAACGCUAAUUCUCUUGACGGAUUCCAAGUGAUCGAUGAUAUCAAAACCGCCCUCGAGAACGUUUGCCCUGGAAUUGUCUCUUGUGCCGAUAUCCUUGCUAUCGCAGCUGAAAUCUCUGUCGCACUGGCGGGAGGGCCGUCAUGGGACGUAUUGUUAGGAAGGAGAGAUGGCCGGACGGCGAACCGUGCGGAUGCGGUGGCUGCACUUCCACUAGGACCUGACUCUCUCGAUGUUCUCACUUCUAAAUUCUCCGUACAUAAUCUUGACACUACCGAUCUCGUCGCUCUAUCUGGUGCUCAUACCUUCGGGAGGGUUCAGUGUGGAGUGAUAACCAAUCGUCUACACAAUUUUAGUGGUAACAAUGGACAGUCCGACCCGAGUAUUGAACCGGAAUUUUUGCAAACGUUGCGACGACAAUGCCCGCAAGGCGGAAGUGUCACCGCGAGGGUCAAUCUUGAUCCUACGAGUCCGGACUCAUUUGACAACGACUAUUUCAAGAACCUUCAAAACAACCGUGGAGUCAUUGAAUCAGAUCAAAUCUUGUUUUCUUCGACAGGAGCGCCUACUGUGUCUUUGGUGAAUCGUUUUGCAGAGGACCAAAGUGAGUUCUUUAGGAAUUUUGCGAGAUCUAUGAUCAAGAUGGGAAAUGUAAGGACUCUCACAGGAACUGAAGGAGAGAUUCGUAGAGACUGCAGACGGGUCAAUUAACACGUUUUGCAUUAUUGCAUGUUCAAGUGAUCAAAUUUUACUUCUUGUUAUAUAUAGACGAAAUAAGUGGAAGUUGUGCUUUUCCACAAACGUUUUUCUUCUUUUGAUUUUGUAUAUUAAGGCUACGCAUGCCAUUGUUUAUUUGUAAUUGUAAAUCAUAUAUAUAUAAUAUGAGAAGAUCUAGCUUCACGUAUUUGUUAA